AAAGUUAAAACCCAUCCGACUCUGAUUUUCGAAAUUUCUACCUCCAUAAACCAAAUUCGAUCUCCUAUAUCCUCUCUAAUCUCACCAAAAAAAACCCUUUCUCUCUUUGAGCUAUUAUUAUACCCAAUUACCGACCCAGGGCUCUGUUUUUUCUGAUUCAGUAGACGCGGGAUGGCAUCGAGAACAGUCGCCAAAGACAUCAUUACUCUGCGAGGCUCAGCGGCCAUUGUAAGCGAGUUUUUUGGAUAUGCAGCAAACAGCAUUCUUUACAACCGAGGAGUUUAUCCUGAAGAGAGUUUCGUUAAGGUGAAAAAAUAUGGGCUUCCUAUGUUACUCACUCAAGAUGAAGGUGUUAAAUCCUUCGUUGCCAACUUAACCGCUCAACUUUCGGAAUGGCUGGAAGCUGGGAAAUUGCAAAGGGUUGUUCUUGUGAUCAUGAGUAAGGCUACAGGUGAGGUCUUAGAGAGGUGGAAUUUCAGCAUUGAAACAGAUAGCGAGGUUGUUGAAAAGGGAGUGUCAAGGGAAAAGAGUGACAAAGAAAUCAUGCGAGAAAUACAGGCAAUCAUGAGGCAGAUUGCCUCAAGUAUUACUUACUUGCCAUGUCUUGAUGAACCAUGUGUGUUUGAUGUACUGGCAUAUACUGACAAAGAUGUUGCAGUACCAUUCACUUGGAUUGAGAGUGACCCCAAACUGAUUGCAAAUCCGCAAAUGGUCAAGCUGCACUCUUUUGAUACCAAGAUACAUAAGGUUGACACUCUUGUGUCGUACAAGAACGAUGAAUGGGAGGAGCAGUAGGAGAAUAGAAAAGAAGGGCGUAUGAUCUGUGAAUCCUUUAUUCACAUUUUGUUGGAUUGAUAUGAAAUACAGUGAAGAAUGAUGUGCUGCCUCGUUUGUUAGUGAGCAUCCUUUUGUAUGUUUACCAAAUGCAGAGAAAUGAAAGAUUCUUCAGAUU